AUGGCGUCUCCAUUCUUGGGAGUGUAUACUGCUAGUUACGCGUACACUCCCCAGGGAGAAGGGGAGUUGGCCCUAGAAGAAGGUGACCUUCUCUAUGUCCUGGAGAGAUCUGACGAUGAUUGGUGGAAAGUAAAGAAGAAGGUCAACAACUCUGAUGAUGAUGAGCCCGUCGGCCUUGUGCCUGCCACUUAUAUUGAGGAGACCAAACCUGUCGGGAAAUACAAGGCGCUAUACGAAUAUGCUCGACAAACAGAGGAAGAGAUAUCCUUCGACGAGGAUGUAAUUCUGGAUGUAUAUGACGCUACGGAUCCAGACUGGUGUCUCGUGGGUCGUAAUGGUGAAUAUGGGUUCGCUCCGGCAAACUACAUCGAGAAGCUAGAGGGACACGAUGCGGACGAUGCACAUGGUGUAGAAGAUACCGCGCCAUCACCUGCAUCUGAGCACGCCCCGGUAGCUGCAGCAGCUGCAAUAGUUAAGCAUGUUGCGUUUUCCGCUCCCCCAAGAGAGGAUUCACCACCACCCCCUACUCCUCCUAGACCUGUAUCAGAAGAUUCACGCCCUCGCGAGCUUCCUUCUGCCAAUCUUGCCAGUAUUAUGCAGCAUAGGCCAAAUCAACACUCCGUAUCUUCUAACAGAUCCCCUUUGGCUUCACCAACACUGGCGGCACCGCCGCGAGAGUCAGCUUCCGAGCGACAUCAUGACCGCGGCUCGGGACGUAGAUCGAAGCCAGCGCCUACCUUUGCGCAUUCGGAUUCUGAAUCCGAUGGACCCUCGCUUCCCAUCCGGCGUCCCGGUCAGCCCAGAUAUACAGGGGAGAAUACACAUAGCGCUGAUGACACAUAUGCAAUUCCUCCAGGAUUCCAGACAUAUCCAGUUCAAGAGGUUGAUGAGAAGAAGAAGAAGCGAGCUGCCACAUUUGGAAUCGGGGCUACUCGUGUUAUUCUCUUGCCCGAUAAGAGCAGCCGUCCAAGAGAGGAGUGGUCUGUACAGCACCUUAAGGGUUAUAACUCAGAAGGAAAACAUGUUUUUAUCGAUUUGGAACAACCAACUCGCAAUUUAGAUCUCCAUGCUGGUUCUAAAGAUGCAGCAGAGGAUAUUAUCAAUGCACUUUCAGAAAUUCGAGGCGCGUAUAAACAGGCCGGCCUCGAUGAAGUCGUCGCAGCGGCGACAGGUGGAAGGAAGAAAGACAUCGGAACUAUUCUUUAUGAUUUUCAGGCAAAGGGUGAUGACGAAGUUUCGGUAAUUGUUGGCGAUGAAGUUAUUAUCAUUGACGCUACUAGCGAGGAAUGGUGGCUAGUCGAGCGGAGAGUUAACGGGGAACGAGGGGUAGUACCAGCUAGUUACAUCGAAAGGGGAAGAAACACGGCUAUCACCCCGGGGAUCAUGGCCUCUCCAGCCGACCCUCGAGAUAGAGUUAGGUCGCAGCACUCAAGCAGUGGGAAUGGAGGACGAAGUACUGGGAUACCUACUAGGACGAGCAGUUUGGCCGGAAACCAACACAGGCCAGAAGGCAGGAGGAGUAGGCCAGACAGUACCACAGUCUCUGAUAGGACACAAGCCACGUCCGGAAAACAGAAGCCAGAUAGUUCUCAGGUCCGCCAGUGGACCGAUCGCACAGGGAACUUUAAAGUUGAGGCGCAAUUUAUUGGAUACAACGAUGGCAAGAUAAACCUUCACAAAAGUAAUGGAGUUAAAAUUGCAGUACCUGUGGGUAAGAUGUCACUAGAAGAUUUAGAAUAUGUGGAAAGAAAAACCGGCAUCUCUUUGGAUGAGGUUAAACCCGUGAGUGCCUUCACGGCGAAGAAUCGGAAGCCACAAACUGGUAUUAGUUUUGAGACAAGUAAAUCUGCGCCAGCAUCAUCCGCAUCGCCUUCGCUUCCAUCUUCUACUUCCCCAACGAAACAAACAAACGGAGGCUACGACUGGUUUGAAUUCUUCCUGAGUUGUGGUGUGGAUGUAAACAAUGUUCAGCGGUACGCAACGGCCUUCGAAAGGGAUAGUAUGGACGAAUCAGUUUUGGAAGACAUCCAGCCGGAAGUCAUGAGAAUGCUUGGGCUGAAAGAGGGUGAUAUUUUACGGGUAAACAAAAAGCUGGAUGAGAAGUAUGGAAGAAAAAAGAAGAGUGUCGCACACUUUGACGAAGACAGGGAAGAGGGCACAGGAUUGUUUUCAGGCCCUGGUGGUGCCUUGAAGAAUAAUACACGAAAAGGAAGACCAGCCCCGGCGGUGCAGACACCAGGUUCGGUGGACCCGGAAGCUUUCAAACAAAAGAGCGAUUCAAAAUCACCAAGGGCCUCUCCGGCACCUGCUUCUCAGACCCCACCUCCUGCUCAACCUGCUGAAAAGGUGGCUGGUGGUUUUGAUGAUGACGCAUGGGCACCAAAGCCGACUACUUUGAAGCCAGAAUCACCCGCACCUCCUCCACAGCCCCCUCGUGUAGCCUCCCCAGCAACGCAGCCAGCCCCUGUACAACAACCAGCGCCUACUGGGGCCAUGGGCGACUUGCUAUCAUUGACUACCCCUCCAUUACAACCAACUAUCGCAAGUCCUCCUCCUCAACCUGUUCCUGUUCAGCCUGCCCCUGUUCAACCCACCCCACAAAUCCAACAGCCUCCAGUAACGCAACCUCCCCCGUCAUUUAUGACUAGCCAGGCCACUGGGAUCAAUUAUGGAGCUGGUAACAUUCCAUUGGCUCCCCCCAUCCCCAACCAGUUUGGAAACCAGUUCACGGGAAUCAAUCAGCCCCAGAACCAGUACACAAUGGGAAGGCAACGACCUAUGGCACCAACUAUGACAGGCACAAGCGGGUUAUCAAUACCCCCUCCUCCGCAAAGGCCAGGAUCGGCGCCCCAGAACUUCACCCCUGGCAUGACCUUGCCUCCACUCACACCCUCGUUCACGGGUCAGCCUGGUAUGGUGUCCAGUUACGGACAAAUGGGAGCACAGCCAAUGCAAUUCCAAAACAUGGGCAUGACGGCCCCUAUGGCAAUGCAAUCUACGGGGCAAAUGUACCAGAACAUGAACAAUGGCAUGAUACCUCAAAACACAGGAAUGCCAUACAUGAAUAUGGUCAGUCAUGCCACAGGCGGGAUUCAGCAGCCUAUGCCACAUAAUCCAUUACAAGCCCCACUCAUCAAUCAACCAACGGGACAAUUGCAGAGCUUCGGCCAACAGCAACAACUUGGCUAUAUGUCUGCGCAGCCUACUAUGAACACUGGAAGAGGCAUGAGCGUUAAUUCACUCUUGCCACCGCCAUUGGUACCCAAUGCAACUGGUGCUCAACAAUUUACAGGGGCUAGGCCCCUAGUUGCACAACCAACAGGACCUCCGCCUAAUGUGAAAUUCGGGGUUAAUUCAGCGAAAAAGCUAGUGCCACAACCGACAGGAAGGGCAGAUUUGACUAAAGCUACUCCGGACAACCCAUUCGGAUUUUAA